AGGUCAUCCAUGCAGUGCGGAAGAUCUUCAACAUGGGAGAUCAAAACAAGAAUGGUGUUCUCAGCUGGAAUGAGUUCGCUGCCACGUUGGAAGAUCCGCUGAACAUGCGAUACUUCAACACCAUUGGAAUCAAUUCCUCCGAGGCUCGGGGGCUUUUCAACUUGUUGGACGCGGAUGAUUCCGGGAGCAUCAGUGUCCAGGAGUUCAUCCAAGGCUGCCUGCGCUUGCGAGGUCUACUGGCUCCAAGAGAGGCUUGACUACGUGGAGCACAGCCUUGAGACGCUCCUCCCGCAGAAUGCAAUGAAAGAUGAGAAGCUGAUGGACAAGCGCAUGAGUAAGGCUCAGGGCCCAGCGGUGAAGAAGUUCCUGGACAUCGCCGUGAGCGACUUGAACGUCAGCCAAACCAUACGAGCCCAGGAAGCUCGUGGCUCAGUGGCCUCAGUCCGGCCCAGCCAUUCCCCUGAAAGGCGGGCGCAUGCCACGUGAGUGCGGCUGAGCGCAGAAUUUGCAUGGCCAGAUCGCCACCAGUCAUGCUCAGAACAUGUCCAUUGCGAAGGCCUUGGUGGGGCGGUGAUCACAACUGCUUGACCAGAACUCUCGC